AUGGGUACGAACCACAACCCAGCAGGCAUGGGCAACCCAUACGAGAACAAUGGCGAAUACGACGUGGCAAUGGAAGAUGCAGACCCAUACAACCGUGCGAAGUAUUUACCACGGCCUGCGCAUUCGCACCGUCUUUCUGCGCAGUUCAUCGGCGAGAGCUCCACAGCAGCGCAACGAUAUUCACCCAUGAAUGCAAUGCCAACCGGCCCACAUACAUCCAGUCCCAAUCCCGCCAUGCAGCUGGGUCAGUACCAACAGGGACAACCGCCUCCCUCGAGGCAUUCACCGACACGAUACCUACCCGACCGAUAUCCGGCGGAACCACCGACGCCGACCAGAUAUCAAGCGAGCUAUCUAGCAACGCUUGAGAACGCGAAUUUGAGUCCAGAAUCAUACUAUCCGCCGUCGGCGUCACAGUUACCGACGCCCUCGUCGGCUCGUCCGGGGCCACCUUCGCGACAAGCUUCACAAAGGUCUCCUGGGCCAGUCCCUCGCUUCCGGAGGGUGAAGACAGCUCAAGAUAUACGGCCCAGAGUCAACUCACAACCUGCGUAUCGCCGUGCGAAUCCGGAGGGCGGUUUCAUCAGUCCGCUGCAGGCACUGACAACGUAUCUGCCAGCCACAUACCGAAUAUGUAACCCGAGCUUCAAAUAUGAAUCGUCGAGAAACCCUCGCCGAGUCCUGACGAAGCCAAGCAAGGGGACCAAGAACGAUGGCUAUGACAACGAGGACAGUGACUAUAUUCUGUACGUCAACGACAUCUUAGGCAGCGAGGAGACAGGCCACAAGAACAGGUAUCUCAUUUUGGACGUGCUGGGCCAAGGCACUUUCGGCCAGGUUGUCAAAUGCCAGAAUUUGAAGACUCAGGAAGUCGUUGCAGUCAAAGUCAUCAAGAACCGGACGGCAUACUUCAACCAAAGUAUGAUGGAGGUGUCGGUACUGGAUUUAUUGAACUCGAAACUCGACAAGAACGAUGAUCACCAUCUCUUACGGCUUAAAGACACGUUCAUCCACCGUCAGCAUCUGUGUCUUGUGUUCGAGCUGCUCAGUGUCAACCUGUACGAAUUGAUCAAGCAAAAUCAGUUCCGAGGAUUGAGCACGACACUAGUGCGAGUAUUCGCGCAGCAACUGCUCAACGGACUGACACUGCUCAAUAAGGCGAGAUUGAUACACUGCGAUCUGAAGCCUGAGAACAUUCUACUGAAGAAUCUUGAAAGCCCAAUCAUCAAGAUCAUUGAUUUCGGAUCGGCAUGCGAUGAAAGGCAGACAGUGUACACAUACAUCCAAUCUCGCUUCUAUCGGUCGCCAGAGGUUCUACUUGGGCUGCCAUAUUCCUCGGCGAUCGAUAUGUGGUCGCUCGGCUGCAUUGUUGUGGAAUUAUUUCUGGGACUGCCUCUAUUUCCCGGCUCAUCCGAAUACAAUCAGGUGUCUAGAAUCACUGAGAUGCUAGGCAUGCCUCCUAUGUGGAUGCUGGAGAUGGGCAAGCAGUCCGGCGAAUUCUUCGAAAAGACGAGUGAUGAGUUUGGUCGGCGGAAUUACCGCCUGAAAAGUAUGGAGCAGUACUCGAGGGAACACAACGUCAAAGAACAGCCCAGCAAGAAGUACUUCCAAGCAACUACGCUUCCAGAGAUCAUUCGCAGCUACAGUAUGCCUCGGAAGAACAUGAAGCAAGCAGAAGUCGAGCGAGAAAUGAACAACCGAAUUGCGUUUAUCGACUUCGUGCGAGGACUUCUGAACAUCAAUCCGCUAGAACGGUGGUCACCCCAACAAGCCAAGCUCCAUCCCUUCAUCACACAGCAAAAGUUUGAUCCGUCGAGACCGUUCGUGCCACCGAUGAACCUGAAGUCGCCCACCAACAAGCCACCAGCUCCAGGUGUACAGCAGCAGCUGAAUGCCGAAGCCAUGAGCAAGCAACGAGCUGCGCAAGCGGCCCAGGUUCAGGCACAAGCGCAGAGUGCGGCACAGAAUGCAUACGCGAUGCAAGCACAACAGUACGCGCAGGUGCAACAUCCGCAGGCACCUCCUGUGUACAACAACGUCUACCAGACGCAUCAGCAAGCAGCACCCCCGCCAUACCCUACUACGGGCUACGCACCGCAAAUGGGCCAGAUGUCUCAACAGCCUGCACAGAUGGCGCCAGCUCAUUAUGGUCAUCAGCAGCCCACACUGUACCAACAAGCCACGCAACGGGCCGGUCGCCAGCGCGCUUCGACAAUGGACCAGCAACAAGGUGCCAUCCCUGCUGCAAUACAACGAGUGGCGAGCCAUUUAGAUCCGAGUCAGCCCAUUCGGCUUCAGCCAAGUCCAGCAUACUAUCCGCCGCCACCCGAUGGAUACGUGGAUUCGCCAUCGAAUGCAAGGCGGAGAGGCAGUCGAAACCAAAGGAACCGCGAUUUCAUCAGGACGCUCGAAGAUGGUGCAAUGGGCCAAUCUCAGUGGCAUUGA